GGCGACGCGACCUGCAAUUGAUGCAUCGAGAGGCUGGGAUUUGCGGCUGUGCAAUCGCAUCGCUGCAGUAAACACAACCAUGAUGCGACGAAUAGUCACAGCGCUCGCACUCGCAAGCGCUGCCGCGCUCUCGACGACGACGGCACCGCGGCCCACGGUAGCUACAAAUGCAGCGCCCGGAGACCACGACGUCUUGCUACGAGCGGCGCGCGGCGAGAAGACCGAAAGAACCCCAGUAUGGCUCAUGCGCCAGGCGGGGAGGUACAUGGCCGACUUCCGGAAGUACAGCGAUAAAAUUCCGUUCCGACAGCGGAGCGAAAAUCCCGAGAUCGCGACCGAAUUAUCCUUGCAGUGCUGGCGCGCGUUCGGGGUCGACGGCGUCAUCAUGUUCUCGGACAUUCUGACGAUUCUACCAGCUCUCGGCAUCGAGUUCGACGUCGUCAAGGGCAAGGGCCCGCAGAUCGAGGACACCCCGAGAAGCGCCGAGCGCGUGGCCCGGUUCGAGGCCGACGCGAAGAAGUUCGAUCCCACAUCCCAAUUGCCCUUCGUCGCCCAAACUUUGAAGAACUUGCGGAAGGAGACGGAGGGCAAGACGACGCUAGUAGGUUUCGUGGGAGCGCCGUGGACACUCUGCGCCUACGCGUGCGAAGGCGGCUCGACGCGCCACUGCCUCAACAUCAAGGAGAUGAUGCGCGACGACGCGGCGACGGCGCAUCGCUAUUUAGAUGCGAUGGCGGACAGUGUCGCGGAGUACGCGUGCUAUCAGAUCGAAAAUGGCGCGCAGAUGGUCCAGGUCUUCGAGAGCUGGGCGCACCAGCUGACGCCGGCCUACUUCGAGGCGUUCGCCAAGCCGUAUGCUUUGCGGGUCGCGGCGUUGGUGCGAGAGCGCCAUCCGGAGGCGCCCGUGCUCUUUUUUGCGAACGGCGGUUCGAGCUACCUAGCUUCCCAGAAGGACAUGGUCUCCGACUCGCACUACCACUGUCUCUCGCUGGACUGGGCCGUGGAUAUCGGUGAGGCUCGGAAGCAGCUCGGUGAUGACGUGCCAGUUCAGGGGAAUAUUGAUCCCUCAUUACUACUGGGCUCGACGGAGGAAGUCGAGAAGGCCGUCAAAGCAUGCAUCGAGGGCGCCGGCGGGCCGGGCGCGCACGUCCUGAACCUCGGGCAUGGGGUCUUGCAGCCGACGCCGGAGGGGAACGUCCAGGCGUUCGUCGACGCCGCGCGGAAGUGGGGGACGAAGUAGUGGGUUUCGCGAGGGUAAGGCCGUGGCUCUCGUA